AUGUUGCCAUCACACUCGAAUUCUUCCUCUCGUAUCGUCCUUGAGCGAUGCGAUUCUCAUCCCUCUGAUUUUGAUAUUACUCAUGAAUUCACACACAUGAAUAUGAAAUUUUUAAUGAAAUUUGAAGCUUACCUACCGGAGAACUCCGGUGGCCCUUCAACAUCGACAACAACAAGAGAUCUCAGUCGCUUCUUUGUUGCGUGGCUACUGAUAUGCUUCAUUGAUGACGAUGAGGAUUCGUCCUGCGAUGAAAAUGAUGAUUGUUGA